GCGCGCGGGCGUUCGAAACGGCGCUUGGCGGCGUUGCCAUGGGGAUGCGGCCUGGCUGCAGGCUCAAGUUCGUGAGUUGACUGAACACCUCCGCCGCCGUCCUUGGAGCUUUCUCCUGUCGGCGUCGUCUAGUCCUGUCCUUAGACAGGGUUGACCGUGGAGGAAUUUGGAAACCUCCGAGAAUUUGUAGAAACCCUUUUACAAAAAUGACAUCCUGGUUGUAUGAAUGUCUUUGUGAAGCUGAGCUUGCACAGUAUUAUCCUCAUUUUACUGCCCUUGGCCUUCAGAAAAUAGAUGAAUUAGCCAAGAUUACAAUGAAGGACUACUCCAGAUUGGGAGUCCAUGACAUGAACGACCGCAAACGUCUCUUCCAACUUAUCAAAAUCAUUAAGAUUAUGCAGGAAGAGGAUGAAGCAGUCAGUAGUCCAGAGCAUCCUCUUCAGAGAAACAGCCUGUAUAUCAAGCCUCGGGAACCCAGAUCUGGACCUCGCAGGCAACUGCAUUUUGAUUCUCCUGCUGACAACAAAGAUAGAACUACCAGCAAAUAUGAGUUUGAAAUGUGCAAUUUAUCAGAUUUUUCUGCAAAUGAACAGAAGUCUAGUUACCUAAAAGUGCUAGAGCACAUGCUACCAGAUGAUUCCCAGAACCAUACAAAAACAAGAAUCCUGAAUGCCACAGCUGCUGAUUCCUGUGUGCAAACAGAAACUAAUACUUUACUCUUUUCAUCAAAUCACUUUUCUCCAAUACUAGGGGAUUGUAGUAUUCCCAUUAUUCAAAGAGUCUCUCAUGUUUCAGGGUAUAAUUAUGGAAUCCCUCAUUCAGGUAUCAGACAGAAUACCUCAGAGAAAGAGAAUUCUUGGACUGAGAUGGAGAAAAUCAGAGUUUGCGUUAGAAAACGCCCGCUGGGCAUGAAGGAGAUACGUCGUGGAGAAAUUAAUAUUAUUACUGUAGAAGACAAAGAAACUCUACUUGUUCAUGAGAAGAAAGAAGCAGUUGACCUCACACAAUAUAUUCUGCAGCAUGUUUUUUAUUUUGAUGAAGUCUUUGGUGAGGCAUGCACCAAUCGGGAUGUAUACAUGAAGACUACUCACCCACUCAUUCAGCAUAUUUUCAAUGGAGGCAAUGCUACUUGCUUUGCAUAUGGACAGACAGGUGCUGGAAAGACCUACACCAUGAUAGGAACUCAUCAGAACCCAGGACUGUAUGCUCUGGCUGCCAAAGAUAUCUUCAGGCAACUAGAAGUAUCCCAGCCAAGAAGGCACCUCUUUGUGUGGAUCAGCUUCUAUGAAAUCUACUGUGGACAGCUUUAUGACCUCCUAAAUAGAAGAAAAAGGCUCUUCGCAAGAGAAGAUAGCAAGCAUGUGGUACAGAUAGUGGGACUGCGAGAGCUCCAGGUGGAUAGUGUGGAGCUCCUCUUAGAGGUGAUCCUGAAGGGCAGCAAGGAGCGCAGCACCGGGGCCACUGGAGUUAAUGCAGACUCCUCCCGCUCCCAUGCUAUCAUCCAAAUUCAGAUCAAAGAUUCAGCCAAGAGGACAUUUGGCAGGAUCUCUUUCAUUGACUUGGCUGGCAGUGAAAGAGCAGCAGAUGCCAGAGACUCAGACAGACAGACAAAGAUGGAAGGAGCAGAAAUAAACCAGAGUCUUCUGGCUCUGAAGGAAUGUAUCCGAGCAUUGGAUCAGGAACAUACCCAUACUCCCUUUCGGCAAAGCAAAUUAACUCAGGUCCUGAAAGACUCUUUCAUUGGCAAUGCCAAAACUUGCAUGAUCGCCAACAUCUCACCAAGCCAUGUGGCCACUGAACACACUCUGAAUACCCUGCGCUAUGCUGACCGGGUAAAAGAACUAAAGAAAAGCAUUAAGUGUUGCACUUCAGCUGCCAGUCGAAAUCGGACAUCUGGAAAUUCUUCUCCGAAACGAAUUCAGAGCUCCCCUGUGGCCCUGCCAGGGGACAAGUGUUCUCCCAAAAAAGUCAGGCUGGGGCUUCAGCAGUCACUCACAGUGGCACCUGGCUCCACAAGAGGGAAGGCCCAUCCUCUGGCCAGCCACCCACCCAACAUCCCAUUUACUUCUGUACCUAAAGUCCAUGGCACAAAGUGUGGCUCCAGAGGGAAUCCUCCCCAAGAGUGGGUCAUUCAGACUAGCCCUGUCAGAGGAACCAUGCGAUCUGGACAUUUAGCCAAAAAAAAGGCAGAAGAGUCAACUCCACUGUGCUCUGAGAAAAAUCAAAUCAGCAACAAAAUUGUCCCUGGAGAAGACAUGGUACAUGGUAAGCUGCCCUCUAAGUAUAAGAAAGUGCAGACUGUGCAGCCAGUGCAGAAGCAGCUUGUGUCACGAGGAGAGCUCCCCUUUGGCAGUAUCCACCCCUUGGCAGAGUACCGUCAGGGCAGCAAUGGGGCACCUGCCAGGCCCGCCUCUGAAGCUUGGACAAACAUCCCUCCACAUCAGAAGGAGAGGGAGGAACAUUUGCGCUUUUAUCACCAGCAGUUCCAGCAGCCACCUCUCCUCCAGCAGAAGUUAAAGUACCAACCACUGGAAAGGCUUUUAUGCCAGUACAGGCCCCAGGAAGGGCAGCUCCAGAAUGAGACCCCUCCUCCCUUACGCUCUUAUUCCGAGAGCCAUGAUGGAGCCCAAGCUGAGGACCUUGAUGACAGUGAUUUCAGUGAAGAUUCUUUCUCACAUAUCUCCAGUCAGAGGACCACAAAGCAGAGAAACACUGUGGAAAAUAGCGAAGGCUCGUUUUUCCUUCAUCAGAGGGAAAAAGGUCCUGAGGAGCAGGUGGCCGAAAGGCAGCAGAGUCUGUUUUUUAGCCCCAGGACAGAAGGUGAUGAGAAGGAUCUAGCUGGAAGCUGGAUGUACUCCAGGGACCCCACAAGCCACAGAAGAGCAGCCCUUGAUCACAACCACAGCCCAAGUAAGGUGCCCUUGGACUGGAGCAGAGAGGAGGACUCUACCUCCUCAGGGCCCUCUCCCAGAGACAACCUGGCAGAAAAGCCUUACUGCUCACAGGUAGACUUUGUAUAUAACCAGAAAAGAGGCAGCAGCUCUGCCUUUGAUCUCAGACAGGAUGCCUUCGGGAGCGAGGUUCCUAGGCAGGCUGAGGGGAGCUUGCAGUCCCUAGAGGAAGAUGGUUUCACUUUCUCGCUAUCCCUCAUUGCAGUUCCUGACCAAAGAGAGACAGUCAGCACACCUCUGAGAGAAAUCAGUGAAGACAGCCCAAAUGUGGCUACUACAGCAGUGAAAAACAGUGACCCUUUUCAAGAAGACUCUAGAGAAGAAUUAGACACAUGCUCUGAAUAUGCUUCUGGACUGAUGGCUCCCCUCACUGUGUCCCUCCUUGAGAACAUAGAUAAUGAGGGUUCUCCUCCCUUGGAACAGCCAGCCCAGACUGAGGCUGCACACAGUCAGAUGGCAGCAAGCACAGAGGGGCCAGCUGUGGACCACUCAGGGUCAUGUGGUGAUCAAGAGGCAGUCCUGCCAGUGUCUUCAACUGGGCACCUGUGGCUCUCGUCAUCUCCCCCUGACAAUAAGCCUGGUGCCGAUCUUCCAGCUCUGUCUCCAUCACCCAUCCGUCAGCACCCAUCUGACGAGCUGCCUGACAGGGAGGCUGACUUGGGGGAGGCCUGCCAGAGCAUGGAGACUGCACUUUUCUCCCAGGAACAUGAGGCUAGUGAGCAGUAUGAUGCCGAUGCUGAGGAGACAGAGCUGGGCAGCUCCCAGGGAUUCCCGGGAAAGCCAUUCCCCACCAUACAUACUGGAGGACCCCACUGUGGGCCUACACCCACCCCGCGAACAGAAAGUAGUGAUGUGGCUGACCAGCCCUGGGCCCAGGAGAGAAAGCAUCUGGCAGGUCUUGGUUGGCAGGAGCUGGGUUUGUCCACAGACCCCAUCAGGUUGCCCUACUACAAUGAGGACAUCGAAUGGCUCAAACACAGGCCGAUACAAAGGUGCUUAACAAGACCCAGCUCUCCCCUGGUCCCCAGCUGCUCUCCCAAGACUGCCGGGACACUCCAGCCCACCCUGGGGCACGCACAGCAGGUGGUCAUUCGCGCACACCAGGAACAGCUGGAUGAAAUGGCUGAGCUGGGCUUCAAGGAGGAGACCCUGAUGAGCCAGCUGGCUCCUAAUGAUUUUGAAGAUUUUGUGACCCAGUUGGAUGAAAUCAUGGUUCUGAAAUCCAAGUGCAUCCAGAGUCUGAGGAACCAACUGCAGCUAUACCUGGCCUGCCACAGGCUGUCUGAGGCUCCUGAGAGGACAGUGGUGUCUUAGAGCAAGAUCUACACACUAUGGGGUCGCAGGGGUCUCAGGGGCUAGAGGGGCCUCUGCUGGGUCCUCCCUACAGAUACUAGAACCCACUUCCUGGUUCUGCCCACACGUUAGCCUCUAUAGCUACACAUGGGCUUGGCUGGGCCCCAGCUGUUCUCUCAGGGCCAAGCCUCUUGUCUCUCAGUUCCAGGCACAGGAAGAUCUUAAUGUACCCCUCCCUUUUCUCUGAAGCUAGAAGAGAAUUUGUCUUACUGACCCUUGUAUGGAAACACACCUGGGUCUAAUAACCUUGUAGAUGUUUCUCAAUUUUGGAAUUAAAGGAUAGGUGGUCACUGGUAACUUAGAGGUCACAGAUCACAAACUAGGUAAGAUAAUGCUGCGCCCAGGAGCUUUAUCAGCUGAAUUCUAUGCCUUUCUUCAGGACUUGGCCAAAAACUAAAACAUCGGUGCUAGUGGGGCAGGGGCAGAUGAGUUCUGUCUCAUGAUUUGGGGCUUUAGGUUGGCUUUUGAAAUGUAAAACGAAGGAACUUUGA